CGUCGUAUUCUGCCACCACUGCGACGGGCAGAGGGGCGCGUCGUUGUUGUGAGUCGACGGGGGAACGCGGACGCGUGUCGCGUGUGACUCGACACUCGGUCCCGGGGCUGGUGGAACUUUUUUUCGCGAGGAGAAAGCGAAAACGCAACUCGCUGUACUUUCGCCAUGUCGCUCGUUCGCUGUGCUCAUGUUGUGUGUGUGUGUGUGUGUGUGUGUGUGUGUGUGUUCUCCCUCUCCCCUCCCGUACACUCUUAUAGGUGUUUUAGCGCCUGUGUCGGACUCUUCCGACGUGUUUCAGAACAGUAUUCUGGCUCCUCUUCGAAGUGCGUACUUGUACGAGGAGUCCAAGCAGUCCUUCAGGUACACUUCCGCGGUCCUGGUGAAGAACGCACGACUGGAGCAGAAGUAUGAGGCCUUCCGAGCAAACAGGAGACAAGCAGGAUAUUCAGAAGAGGUCAUGGAGGAAACCUAUGGGUUUUUGCUGUUUGACGACAUCAACAAGGCUCAUGCGCUUGGAGAAACCGGUGUUCUCACAGGAAACGGUACUUGCACAACUCUGGGAGAUCCCGGCAAGGGUGUUUACAUAUCGAUGUACUCUGACUGUUUGGAUUUGAAUCGCUGGUAUCAUGGGAAAUCUGGAUACAUUGCCAUCAUCAGGCUGACAAAGGGGAGAGUUAAACAGGUUUUAGAAAACUACACCCAGAAUUUCACAUCACCCACAGUGGGGUUUGACUGCCAUGUGUCAGAAGAGUUGCCCUCAGUAUCUGCCGAAACCAGCUGCUUUCUUGCUUUUGAGAGAACCCAGUAUUACAUGUAUGAGCUGUUAGAUGGUGGAAGCACUGAAACGGACCAAUCUCCCAGCGCUGCCUGUCCUUUUGCUAUUGUAUCUUUUUCAUACACGGACACCAAAGCAACACUUGUACAGCCACAGGAGACAAGUGAGGAGAAAAAGCUGGUUUGCCAUUACUUGGCCUGGACGGGUCAGCUUCAAAUAGGCACCAAGUUCUAUGAUGUUGGGCUGAGGUCUACCGCAGGGGCCUUGAUUCCUACAAAACUGCCACCAGUGGUCAAAGUUGACAGAGCCAUUUCCAUGCCAGAUCUGAUUCAGCUGCUGCCAAGGGCUGCCUUUGAAACCUGCUUCUCUGGUGAAGUCGAUCUGGGUGGGUUAUACUGUAGUCUGUGUGAACUGGUUCCUUCUGUGGCGGAAGAAGCAAACUUACUCUCUUUGCUUCUGCAGGAGAUCAAGGAGAAAGAUCUUGCUCUUCCUGUUCCACUGAAUGAUGGUGGUUUUCUUAUCCUGUUGCACUCCUCUCAUCUCCUCACAUACGAUGAUAAUGGGUCAAAUGCAACUGAGGUCCUGCAAGGCAUGUUUAUUUUUCCUGGCUCACGGGUCAUAGAGAGAGGCACAAAAUCUGGACAGAGAAAGGCAACCAUUUCAUCUGAAAUCCUUCGGGUUCUACCAGUGCUAAGUUAUGCAGAGGGUGAAGUUGAGAAAACACCUUUCAACUCAACUGAAGAACUAUGUGAAGUGUUGGCCCAGCAUAUGCAGACUUACGCAGCACUGAUAAAUCCUAGGUUGGAUUUCAGUCCCUCAAGGGAAGUCAUCAUCUUUCCGGAUCAGUAUGAUGUGCGCGAUGACCACAAACACCUCUACUCCUCUCCCGAAUGGACUAACAAGUCAAUCCAGAGCUUCAGGUCAUACAUGAGCAAGCCAGUCUCCUUUCAACUGCCUGUGUCCAAGGCUUCUGGAAUCUUGGCAGCUGGACAAGAGGAACAAAGAGAAGAUCUUGAUGACGAUGUCUACAUCUGUCUGUCAUCUCCUGAGCAGGCGCCAGCCAGUCCUGUUGGCAUGGGGUCAGAAGACCAGUUGACUGACCAGAACUCUUGUAUAACAAGUACUGAAGCACAAGUUUGUUUAAUUACUGUACCUCACAAUGUUGUACCAGAUGAUUUGCAAGCUGGAGAUGCAACCAAAGUCAAUGAAAAAUCUGACCUGACUGUAUUGAUCAAAACAGAUGAAGCGGGGGCAAAGAAGUCUCUAACUCCCCCUACAUCAGAUGACCUGUCAGCAGAGCUGAUUGUCAGCAUCACUUCAGCAGAGCAAACUGUCACUAAUGAGCGCUUAAAUGCGAUCAGUACCGUGCCAGCAACAAAGUAUGAUGAUUUUCAGAUUCCUGGUUUUUCAGCACCCAAGUUGCAAACAGAAGGAGUCAGUACUCUGCAUGAUGAGACAGUCGAAAUCAAAAAAGAUUGCCAAGAGGUCACUAAUUUCAUAGACACAAAACAAAAGGAGGUACGCAGGGGACAUUCCAAAUGUCUUAAAAAGGCAUCUGAAUCCUGCGUUGAGAUCCUUAGUUUACAGACAGUCAAAAUACCAGGAGGGAAUAACAUAUCCAUAAGUCAGAAGGCUAACCAGGCCAAGGAAUCAUCUGGCCACUCACAGCUGAACAAUACUGAUUGGAGAAAAUCAAGAAGGCGAAAACGCAUUUUUGGAAAACUAUCACCCAGAAAUAAGAAGUUGAGACGUGCGCCUGUUGGUUUAACGGUUGCAGAGGAGCAAAAAACAGACCCUGGACAGCAGAGCUUGGAGGACACCAUUUUAAUGGAGCUUGAAAUUUGUCCUCUGAAAAAGAAAACCGAGCGCUGGGACUUGAGGCCUGUUAUCAGUGAAUGUGGAAGGAUCUUGGUUCCUCAUGGCUAUGUGGAUAUGGCUGAUCAGAUUCAGUCUUUGAAGCAUAAGCUCCAAUGUACUAAAGAUGAACGGUACCUUGAAAAAGUGUUGGCAGAUACCCCUGUGAAUGCUCAUGACAAUGUCGAAAUGGAGCAAGAAUCUACGACUGCUCCAGAAACGGCAGUAGACGAAACAGAGGUCAAUACUUCCAAGGAUGGAGGGAAUCAUCUUCAAAAUGUUGUGAACAGUCAUUUAGAUAAUGAACAUGGCCUGUUAAGACAAUCAGACAAUGGUUUGUUGUCUGUGAAUCCAGAGAGUAGUGAGCAAUCUUCGAAGAAUGGUUGCAUAGACACUCCUCCCUCAGAAGAAGUUAAAGAAACCAAGUCCUUCUUCCCUGGAAAGUGUACAACUAAGGGUGAAUUUCUUUUGAGUAAACUAAAAUCGGUUCUUUUAAAGGCGAAGAGGAAGCACAAUUCCCUUGGGUCAGAGGUAACAAAGACCGAUACUGACCAGAACACUGAGCCUUGUCUCAAGAAAGGCAAAGAUGACUCUGACGUGGACGCAUUGAAGAGUAAUGCAAUCACAAGUGUCCAUGACACCAAUGUGGGUGUCAAGGAUGUAACAAAGCUUCUAUCAGUUGACCCUCUUUUUGCAUAUGCCCUAGGCCUAACCCCUAAAGAGAAACCAGAAACUGUACAGAAGACUGAGGGUCAGGAUGCUCAACUAAGCAAAGACUCACCAGAGACACUAGACCAAGCCAUUUCAAACAAACAACAUAAAAUCAUACAUAGGCCUCCACCAAUUUUCCCACGAAGGGGUAGGAUUAAAACACUAAAAAAGCAUCAAGGUGUCUCUGAAGAAAAUGUUAAAAGGAAAUGGUGGUUGCAUUUUCAAACCCCAGCUUGCUUUCCUGCUGAAAAACUCAAAAACAAAUCGUGUACUAGGGACAAUUCUGUACGGACGACUGUAAAGGAAAAAAAAAUGAAUAAUUGUUGCUCAUCCACAGAUGCUUUGAACUUACUUGCUGACUUGGCACUCAGUGCCAGUAAUGACCAGGUUCCACCACAACCAGCCCUUGAGGGAAAACCUGAGACAAGUUUGAAGAAGCUUGGCCUUACAAAAGAUGAAACCAAUGCUGAACAAGAGUCACUUCUUCAUGCUCUGCUUAGACAGCCUGCUGCUAGACCCUUUCAGCCUCUUGAGUCUCCAUCGCCAAGCCCCCCUGUGGGAGACACUGAAUUGGUUAGUUUAAUAUCUAAAGAACAUGCUUACUCAUUGCACCCGUCUUCCCCUCUGCUGUUGGGUUUGCCAGGUUCACCCUUCCAGGCAUCCCCGUUAAGUGGUUCUACCAAAAUGCUGCACCAUCAACAGCAAUUGUACGGCGAUGGAAUUCAAACUGCUCAACCAACUGUCCGUCAGAAAGACAGAGGUGAACGCAACCACAAGACUCAAGAAUACCUGAAAAAACAUGUGGUGUGCAGGCGAAAGUUUAGGUACUCCCGCACCUUUGUUGACAAGGAUGGAUCUGUCCAGGUCACCAAGCAAUGGGACGAAAACUAUGACUUUAACAGAGACAGCAAGUUUGCAAGUGACUCAAAGAGUAAAGCUGUCAUGCGAGCCUUGCAUGGCCCGUGGGAUUUCUCCAUUCACGACAACACUGAAGAGGUUCGACUCAUUGUCCACAUGUGGAUUGGUCUGUUUUACAGCCGGUCAACAGCCAGAUAUUUUCACGUUGACUCGAACUUUACAAACUUGUGUUUAGAAGACAGUGAUUCUUUGGAAAUGUCCAGUGGAAUGGAAUCAGCACCAGCUAAGUCUGAGCAGAAGGCAAAUUCAUUUGGUGCUUUUCCAAGUAUAACAGACACUGAAGACCAUUCAGAUUCAAAAGCUUUGGACCUCAGCAAAAAUGAUGACUCUGUCUUGGACCAAGGAUCUUUGAUUUUGGACUUGUCACUGAGAAACUCUAGUGCAGCGACUGUCCUUUCAGAUCGACAAAUCAACAGAGAAGACUCUUCCUUUUCCAGUGAACGGAAAAAAGCAAGUGAAAUAUUGAAUACGCUCAAGUCAUUAGUGGGACUACAGGAGGCAAGCACAUUACAGUGUUGCAAAACAACGGUACCUGCCACCGAGAUUAUUAAUGAGGUGAAUGAUAUCAGCAGCCACAACGAAAGUGCCAAAACCUGUAGUCCUUCUCAAAAAGCUGGCUGCCUGGAGCACAUUGAUAUACCAUCUUUUAUAGGUAAUGGAUCAUUCAGUCCACCACAAGUAGAGACUGAGAGUCGAUCACUUUGGACAGAAAAUGUUCAAACUACUUCAGGAAUUGGCCAUAUGUCACAUGGAUGCAACAACGAGGAGGCACAUAUGAAAAAUGAUAUUGAAAAUUCACAAUCUAGUGAAAUGAGUUUGGUUCAAAAAUAUGCAACGGAUUUAUCCAAAUCCAUGACCGACAAAGAUGUCGAGUCCAACAAAGAAGCAGACGAGGUGGCUCAUGCAGAUGAGAAUGAUGAAAUUCAAUCCCAAGAUGGGAAAAACUGGGAAGUGAAAGAGAACCCACGUGAAGUAGAUAAUAUACAACCUUCUCCAGAAGUGAUCCAUACAGGUGAUGGUUCUUUGUACAAAGAAUCAGAUAUCGUUUGCAAUGGAAAUUGUUUUGGAAAUGAAAAGCUGUCAUCAAGGGAGGAAACUAUAGCAGUCUCAUCUGGUCAGGCUGAAAAUGUCAACGAAGAUGUGGAUUUUUGUACAGUUCAUAAUGAUAAAAUGACUGAAAAUCCCCUCGGAAAAGACGAUCGACUUGACGAGAACGACAGUGGUGUUUCAGCUGUGGAAACUGACAGUGAUAUGAGUAAUCAGCCGUUACAUAUGAUGUGCGAUGGGCCUGAUUCUGUACAGGAUUGUUUUACAGAUUGUAGUCGCCAUGCACCAUUUCUUGAGCAACCACCUCAAGCUUUCCAAGAUUCAAAGCUUGAAAAGCUUUGCGCAGAUGGCAGUGCUUUGACAGAUGAACUUGCCAUUUCAGAAAAAGCCCCUCAUAUGCCAUAUGAAAUGGAACCUGUUCAUAAUGUACCUGCAGUUGAAGAAAACUCAGAAAAUUAUUCUUGUUUGGCAGAUGAGGCACAUUAUCAGAAGGCAACAUUACCCAUAUCUGACGAGGGCAUCUGUUCAUUGGAUGGUUCUUGUGUUGCUCGGUUUAUCCCCCCGACAAAGGACAGUUUGGAAACAGGAAAUAGUGAUGAUCAUGAAGAUCAGGAAACAAAUUUGAAUGUGACGGAGAGAAAGGAUGGCAACUCAUCUCAAGAAGAAUCCUUUCAUCACCAGUCUCAUUCACCUCAGUGUGAGGCUAGAAAAAGAUGUGAAGAAGAAGCAGUGACUGGAGAAACAGAUCUCAAAAUGAACAAGUCAACUGAAGGAAGGGAGACAAGUCAUAGUGGGCUUAUAAUUCCAUCUAUUGCAAUAGAUAUAGUACAACUUCAUAUCUCACACUCACAAGACAAGGUUGAAGAAGUUGUUCAAGACCAGAAAGGAAUACAGUUUAUCAGUGAAACUGCAUGCUCUGACUUGCCCGAAGAUGUAUGCAGUACAUCUGAAACGUACAGUAGAAAAGAGGAACUGCAUGGCCUCAAAAUAUCACCUCUUGAUGUUGGUGAAACCAACCAGCCAGUGAUCUUUGGAAGUGAGUCUGAUGACAGGAGCCGUACUCAAACCCCAACUUUGGAUGAGAAGCCGUUUGACUGCAUACCUUGUUCUGGUCCCGGUAUCAGUACUGAAAAAACCUGCAUAAACACUACUCCAAGAUGUCUUAGCAAAAGCUCAACACCUAUAAGUGACAAGAUGCCUCUUGAGCAAAAACUUUGUCACAAGUCUAGAGUUAAUAGUGAUCCCAUCUCUCAUGACGGUCAGCACCACGACCUCGAACAAAGAACUCUAAGAGUUCUACAAAGUAUAGACAAGUUCCUCUCUAAAUCAAAUCAGUUAACAAAUGAUAUGAAAAACUGUCUUGAUCAAAAGCCUAACCUCUUCAGAAAGUACACCCCCCCUUGUUUGGUCCCAAGCCACACUUCGCCACUUGCAGUAGUUUCGGCCUCUACCUCACAAGAACUCCCCAAAGAAUCAUCAGAUGACUUUCUUGUAUCACCGUAUAAAAGUCAACUUGAGGAAGUACUUGGUGUUAAGUUGCAGGUUAAGAAAACAGACUCACCACUUCCUAAACACAGUUUUGAAAGACCUGAUGCAUUUCAGGAAACCUCUAUAGGGCAAGUAUAUUGUCAUUCCUAUAGAUCUAGUCCCUCUACUGAGUGUUUCCAAACCAUUGAAACAGAUGUCGACCAAGGAGGAGAUAUGCCUCAGUCCAAUUUAAAUAAUCGGCCUCAUUCAUACAGUCAGUCUCCUGUCAUGGCUGUAAACCCCUCUAAGAGUGAUGAAAGUCAAUCCGAUUGUAUCCCUAAAGAUGGACUAAUCGAAAGGUCUCCCAAAAAUAAACUGACUAAAACCCCUACAGUCAACUAUACCACUCCCACUCCCAUGCCCUUGGAGAAGAAAACAGACAUUUUUGAGGAAAAUUCUGGACUAAAUGGGGAUAAGCAAGAGUGCAGUGAGUUUUCUUCCAAAAGUAAUCUGCUGUCAAAUGUUAAUGACAGUAACUUAGACGAAGCUACACUUUCAUCAUCUCUGUCCAUGCAUUCAUUUGAAUUGGAAAAAAGUGGUGGGCACCAAGGUUUCUUGACACAUAGUUUACUUGAGAAAGUUGGACAAACUACUAAAGAAAACAAUGAAAUGGAUCAGAAAGACUGCUCAGAAGCCCCCGCUUCAUAUGUGGACGACAAAGAUAAUAACAUGAUAGAUGACAGUCUCAUCCUGGGACCUCAAACCUCACUCACAUGCACAGUCUUUAACACCAGCCAGAAGAGAUCACAUUCUUUUCUAGAGCAGGUUUCUCAGAGGUGCCUACAAGAUGACCCCACGCAGGCGUCGAUGGAACAGGAGUGUCUCAUCUUCUCAGAACAAAUGAAACAGCUUUCGAAAAAGAGUAAGAGUAAGAGAGGACCGAGCCAACAGGAUAAACAUGACAAAUUGACGUCGUCUUGUGCUAGCCCUGUGACUGUGCACUUCUCCAGUCUAGAAGAACAGGAGGAUUCACUGGAUCUCUUGGAUGCAUCGUCACUUGCUAGACAAAAAAUCAAGGUUGACAUGUCCGACAGGAAAGACAGGGCAGACUCCAAAGAGGAAGAAGGGACUUUGCAUCCUGAAAAAUUAUCUCAAGGGACAGGCAACCUAAAGGAACCUGCUGUGGUUUCUUGUGUGACUGCAAAGUGUGCAGAGUUGUAUGAGGCAAUGAUGGAUGACGUUUGUGCUGUCGGAAAGGUCCCACCCAAACCUAAGCACUUAGGAGUGAACAGAGGUUCCAAAAAUAGGGAACCCAGUCAUCUUUUUGACUUCUGUGAUCAAAUGAAGAGAGAGAUGGAUGAGAGCUUUCGAAGUAAUCUGAACUCCUUUGUGAAGAAAUCCUGUAAAACAAAGUACAGAUUCUACAUGUUGGUGACGUCUGACGAUGCCCUCUUUGAUGAAACCAAGGCACAGUUGGAGGCAGUGGGCCACACUGCCGUGCAGCCAUCCGAAUUCUUCCUUGGUGAGGGUAGUUCUUCAUCCCUACUCAUCAUCCUCAGGAAUGAGGACAUUGCAGAGCACAUUUGCGAGGUCCCACAUUUGCUCGAGCUGAAGAAGGCACCGGGCGUGCUGUUUGCUGGAAUAGAUGAACCAGAUGAUGUUGUGAAUCUCACCCAUCAGGAGCUCUUCACACGGGGUGGUUUCAUAAUGUUUGACAGAGCAGCAUUGGAACCCCUCAGUCUUUGCAACAUGGAAAAAUGCUCAGAAAUCUUGCGCGUGCUAAGUAGAACGGGGAAGUGGAAAUGGUUGUUACACUACAGAGACAGUCGUCGGCUGAAAGAAAAUGCGAGGUUGAGUGCAGAGGACAAAGAGAAGAAGUGCUUCUUAAACUCUUGCGAAGACACUGGGUUCCUGGAGGUCUUGCCUUACCACGAGUGUGACCUCAUGUCAAGAGAUCAGCCUGACUAUCUCUCAUGUUUGGUUCGCCUGCAGGUCCAGAAUAUAUCAGCCCGUUACCCUAUUUUUAUAACUGAUACGACAACAGACAGUGCAUUUGGGAGAAAUGGGAUUUUAACAAUGACUGUGAACUCUUUCCUGGAAAAGACUCCAAGUGAAACAUUUUACUCCUGACCUAAAAAAAAAAAUCAGAUGGACUUAUCAUUUCAUCUCAAGGACACAACACUCAAUAACUCACUGGAUGAGAGGAAAAACAAGUACUGGGAUUAAAUAUUUUCAUAUGUACACCUAAUGGUGUAUGCAGCAAUACUUCUUAUAUUUGUUCGACCAUGUUUAUUUGUAAAGUCGGUUAUCAUUCAGUUAAUGGAUAGAGUGACAAUAAUGCCAGUAUACUGGCAGGUUUGCUGUACAUACUUCAUUUUGUGUUGUAUUUUUGUUAUAAAUUAUAUUAUAUAAAUUUGUUAUAAAUCUUUAAAAAAGUUUUAAAGAUAUUUGAUUCCUUUAUACAUAUUUGUGUUCUAGCUUAUAAUUCUGACUUUAUACAACAGCUGCACAAUCAUUACCGUGUUUGUUCAAAGAUUAUGUUUUUGUCGUCAAUAGACAGUUCAAAGACUUAUUAAAACUUUGCAAUACUUUGUCAAAGUCUUGCACCAAAAACAAGUUCAGCUCUUUUUAGGUUGUACGUUACAUAUUUAUAUACUUACGUCUAUAAACUGUGAAGGUUACUGACAAUAAUUCUUAACUUCUGUUAAUAAAAGGAAUUUGUUCUCUA